AUGUCAUCGUUACCAACAGCAAACUUUAGUCGCGCCAAAGAAAUAAUCGAAAGUGCAAUUACUGAAGCGAGAAGACUUGAAUUCGAUUACUGGAAUUUCGGCAAUAUCGAAAUUGCGAAAAACUUUCGACAAUUGCCGAAAUUCCGGUUGGCGAAAUUUCGAUUCACCCUUGAAUUGUAUGUAAGUGCAGUGAUUAUUCUUGAAGGUUUAAUCGAAGAUUAUGAAAGAACAGCGAGUAAGAAAUUAUUAGAUGAAAUUUUGCUAAGUUUAAGAAAAAUUGAACAUGGUACACGUAAACCAAGUCGAUGUCUAAAAUUAUAUAUACAAGUUAUUCUUAUUCAGCAUUAUAUUAAUCCACC